AUGCAGAGUCCAGCUCCUGCGGCGGGCUCAGGGCCGGCCUCGGCCCUCGCCCUCUCGCCCAUCGAGCGCUCCGCCUUUGCCCACCUCUUCAACCUCGCAGACCCGGACCGCACCGGCAUCGUCACCGGCGACGCCGCCGUCUCGUUCUUUGCCAAGUCCAAGCUGCCUCCCGCAACGCUCGGCCAGAUCUGGGCCAUCGCCGACAGCGCCAACAACGGCUUCCUCACCCCGCCCUCGUUCAGCACCGCCCUCCGCCUCAUCGGCCAUGCCCAGCGCGGCGAGACCGUGACCGAGGCGCUCGCAAAGCGGCCCGGCCCGCCUCCGACGCUCGAAGGAAUCACCCUGCCCCUCAGCGCACAGCUGACCGGCGGCGCCCCCGCCGCGGGCGCAGCGGCAGCAGCACCGCCCCCCAACAUGCCCGGCGUCAUCGAGAUCAAGCCCGAGGACCGCGCCCGCUACACGCGCAUCUUUGCAAGCUCCGGUCCCCAGGGCGGACUCAUCGACGGCGAAAAGGCCAAGGAGAUCUUUGUCAAGUCCAAGCUGCCCUUUGACAAGCUCGGCGCCAUCUGGAACCUCGCAGACACCCAGGCCAGGGGCGCCCUCGACCUCACCGACUUCAUCAUCGGCAUGCACUUCAUCCAGAACACCAUGAACGGCUCUCUCAACUCGAUCCCCGCAGCGCUGCCCCCGGGCCUCUACGAGCAGGCAAAGGGCUCGGCGUCGCGCAUUGGCGGCGGCGGCUUCUCUGGCGUACCCCUGGCCGCGCAGAUGACGGGCGGAUCCGCCUCGGGCGCCAUCCCGCGCCAGUUUACGGGCCAGCCACCGCUCUCGGGCUCGGCCUCGCGUACCUUUUCGCCCGCCCCUCAUCCUCCUGCCGCCGCCGCCGCCGGCAUGUCGGCCUUCCAGUCGCCCCAGACCACGGGCGUCGACGCUUCCCGGUGGGACGUGACGCCCGAGGAGAAGCUGCGCUCCGACCGCUUCUUUGACGGCCUCGAUGUCGAGAAAAAGGGCGAGCUCGAGGGUGCGGCCGUGGUGCCCUUCUUCAUGCAGAGCAAGCUGACCGAAGCCUCGCUGGCCCACAUCUGGGACCUCUCGGACGUCACCCAGACGGGCACGCUCUCCAAGGACGAGUUCGCUGUCGCCAUGCACCUCAUCAACCAGCAGCUUGCCGGCAAGGAGCUGCCGCAGGAGCUGCCGCAGACCCUCAUCCCGCCCAGCAUGCGCACCAUGAGCCUGCCGCAGGCCGUCAACCCGCAGCAGACGGACACGCAAAAGGACCUCUUCUCGCUCAUGGACGACGACCCGCCGCCGCCCGCCGUGCCCGCGACCUCGGCGUUCAUUGCGCCCUCGUCCAACGCGCCCACCGUGGCCAAUGUGGCUGCCGGCACCGCCGGUGCAGCCGCUUCCACGACUCAGCCGGCCAGCGCAUCCGGCCCAUUCGACGACGACUUCUUCGGCGGCGCCAGCUCCACGCCGUCGCAGGCCCCCGCGGCGGGUGCGGCGACGGCCCUCUCACCGACGGCGACUGGCGGCAGCUUCGGCGGCGGUGCCGCGGGCGUGCGUUCGCCUUCGCUGCAGACCCCGGGCACACCGAGCCGAGGCGCUGGCGGUCUCGGCGACCAGAGCGCCGAGUUCGGCAACAAGUCGAUCCAGCUCCAGAGCACGCAAAAGGCGGUCGCCGACCUGCAGGCCAAGCGGAGCGGGCUCGAGACCGCGGUGACGACCAACGCGGCCAGCCUGGCCGAGCUCGAGACGCGCCUGUCGACGGUGCGGAGCCAGCACGAGUCCGAGUCGAAGCUGGUCAAGGAUCUCGAGGCGCGACGCAACGCGCAGAGCGAGGAGCUGCGCAAGCUGCGCGAGGACGUCAUUCGCGAGGAGUCGGGCCUCAGCGCGCUCAAGGCGGAAAAGGACGAGCUGGAGCAGGCGGUGAUGCACGACCGCGAAGACGUGCGCGACAUGAAGAAGAAGAUGGGCGAGAUCCAGGUCGAGACCAAGGCGCUCAAGGAGACGCUCGAGAAGCUGCGCAAGGACGCGCGCCAGCAAAAGGGCCUCGUCGCCAUCAGCAAGAAGCAGCUCGGCACCGCCGAGGCCGACCGCGAAAAGGUGCAGGCCGACAUCGCCGCUGCCGAGCGAGGUGAGGGCCUGGCCGAGGAAGCGGCCACCCCGGCCGCCGUCGGCAACGCGCGAGAUCUCGCGUCGCCCCGCUCCAUCGCCUCGCCGGCUCUGCCCGCCGAGUCGGCGCUCAGUCCCGCGGCUAGCGUGCGCAGCACGAACCCAUUCGACCGCUUCGGUCCCGCCGGUGCCGGGUCGUCGAGGCCCGAAAGCCCCGCCAUGUCCAUGUCGCAGCCGGCUCAUUCCGGUCUCGAUGCGGGCACGGCCGCGCUGGCCGGCGCGGGAGCUGGCGCUGCGCUCGGUGGGGCUGCCGCUGUCGGCAUGGCCGCCACCAGCAGCGAUGGAGGCAAGGGCAAAGACGAUGAUCCCUUUGCGGUCCAGAGGUCCGCCGGCGAGCAGCAGGCUUCGGCCACCGGCGCUCCGGGUGGCUUCGAUGAUGCGUUUGGCGUGCCCAAUGACCCCGCCACCGCCACCGCCACCGCUCCUGCUGCCGGUGCCGCUGCGCACGCGGACUUUGACGACAACUUCGGCGACGACUUCGGCGCCUCGGCCGCUCCUGCGGCGACUACCGCGUCGGGCACGACCAUUCCGGCCACGACGACGGCAUUUGACGAUGCCUUUGGCGACAACUUCGACGGCAACGACGCGGCCAAGGCCGGCCCCCAGGCUGGCGGCGAAGCAAAGGCAGGUGACGCUCCUGGUGCGAGCGCUGCCUCGACCUCCGACGGCUUUGGCAGCUCGUUCGCCCCCGCGUCAACGAUUGCGACGCCCGGAGGAGCUGCUCCUGAGCCCGAGCACGCGCCUCAGUCCGACGAAGAAGACCACCAGCAGGCGCCUGGUGGACACCACGGCGGUGCCGAAGAUGACAGCUCCGACGACGACAGCUCGGACGACGAGGAUGGGCCGGAGGACGUGGGUGGCUACAAGCAGCCGACGGCUGGCGUCGGCGCCACCCCGAUGACGGACACCACCGACGCUUCCGAGCGCUUCCCCGAGGUCAGCGCCACCGGCACGGACGAUGACGCCGAUGGCGAGUCUCCAUUCGGCCGCGAUGAUGCCGCUCCCGCCACCGCAGCCGGCGAUGAGGCAAGUCCCUCGAUUCCUGGCGGCUUCGGAGCGUUUGGCGAGGCGGCCGAGGAGCCCACUGCCGCGGGCAAAGAGCGGUCCGCCUCGACCUCGGCGCCCGUCGACUCUUCGGCCGUCGGUGCCGGCGAGACUGCCAGCGUUGCCUCGAUCGCGCCCGUCAGUCGCCAGGAGACUGGUGCCGGCGAUGAGGGCGAGACCGUCGGAGCAGACCAGCAGAGCAGCUCGCUCUCCACCGGCCUGGGUGCUGGCGUUGGCGCCGGCGCUGGUGCUGCCGUCCUGACGGGACUCGGCGCGGGCGCUACCGUCGCUGCGACUGGAUCGGGAGAGGCUCCCCCGCUGAGCCCCUCGGCCGAGGACGACGAUGUGCCGCUCGGGCAGAUUCUUUCGAAGCGCGCAGCAGCGACGGGCCCGACCGGCGCAGACGCCACCUCGACGGCAUCGCAGCCCUCGCUGAGCCCGAGCAGCUCGAUCAAGACACCCGCCCCUGCCGCUGCGACGGCCGCCAACAGCGCCAGCAACACCAACAGCGGCAGUAGCAACUUUGACGACUUUGACUCGGCCUUUGAGGACCUUGGCCAGGCCGAGGUUGUUCCCUCGUCGUCGGCUGGCGCUGGCGGCACCGCUGCUGCUGCCACUGGCGCGCCGAUGGCUGGGUUCGACGACGCCUUCGACAACGACUUUGACUUUGUGCCCUCGUUUGCGACGGGCGCCGGCGGCUCGACGGCGGCGCGGGGGGCGAGCGAUCCGUUCUUCCCCGCCGCCGCCGGCGCCGCUUCGUCGUCGUCAUCGGCCGCUGCGGCACCCGCUGCCGCCUCGAACGCUGGCUUUGAGGACUUUGACUCGGCCUUUGAUCCCAUCGCUGGCACCGACACGUCGACGUCGGCGACGGCGUCCAAGGCGGCAGGAGAGGGGAGCCAGGCCAACUCUGGGUCCGGGUUCAGCUUCGAGGAUGCCUUUGCGCCCGCCGCAUCGUCUUCUUCGACCGGUGGCGCUGCCGCCUCUGCUGCUGCUGUUGCCCCGACGACGACGACGUACGCACCGCCUCCCGGUCCCCCACCGCCUUCUCUGCCCGAGCGCAAGUCGACGACGACGACGACGACGACGACGGCCGCGGCCAGCCAGGCUGUCAAUGCGCUGCCGGACGAUGCGGGGCCGGUCAAGCAGCUAUGCGGCAUGGGCUUCGAGCGGCCCAAGGUGAUUGAGGCGCUCGAAAAGAGCAACUACCGCACCGAAAAGGCGCUCGAGAGGCUGCUGGCCCAGGCCUAG